CUCUUCAGUUGGUAUAUUUGCAAAUCGAUGACUUUGCCGACAAUUCUUUCAACGAAACGUAAUCUUUUUCAAACGUCCAAGUUCGUACUUCGGCGUUCGUUUGGUUCUUGUCAAAUUUAUUUGCGAAAUUUGGAUCAACCAGCAAAUGAUUCAUCUCCCAGCCUUUCUUCGCCCUUGCAGGGCGUACGUGUACUAGAUUUAACUAGAGUUUUAGCUGGCCCAUACUGUACGAUGAUGUUGGGCGACCUAGGAGCAGACGUUAUCAAAGUAGAACAUCCAGAGGGCGGUGAUGACACUCGAGCUUGGGGACCUCCAUUCGCUGAAAAUGCAGAUCCAAAUGAUAAAGAGCACGGCGAGUCUGCAUAUUUUUUAUGCGCUAACAGAAACAAAAAGUCAAUCACAGUGAACAUGAAAUCAGCAGGCGGACGUCAACUUCUUCACGACUUAGUGAAACAAAGCGAUAUAUUGGUAGAAAAUUACUUGCCUGGGAAGUUAGAGAAGAUGGGAUUAGGAUUUAAGCAGUUGGCUGAAAUCAAUCCGAGAUUGAUUUAUGCCUCAAUUACAGGAUAUGGACAGACCGGCCCUUAUUCUGUUAGGCCCGGGUAUGAUGUGAUUAUUGAGGCAGAAGCUGGUUUAAUGCAUAUUACAGGCGAACCAACCGGUCCACCUGUAAAAGUUGGUGUCGCAAUCACAGAUCUGACAACUGGUCUUUACGCUCAAAAUGCUAUUCUAGCUGCUUUAAUCCACCGCGAAGUAACUGGAAAAGGACAACAUAUCGAUUGCUCGUUGAUAGAAUCACAAGUAGCAUCAUUAGUUAACAUUGCCUCGAACUAUUUGAUUGGCGGUCAAGAAGCAAAAAGAAUGGGCACUUCACAUCCUUCUAUUGUUCCUUAUCAAGUAUUUUCUACUAAGGAUUCAUUUGUCAUGAUAGGUGCUGGCAAUGACGGACAGUUUGUCAAGUUAUGCACACGUAUAGGUUUAGAUCAUCUGGCUGAAGAUACACGAUUCAAGCAUAAUAAAGAUCGCGUAAAAAACCGUCAACAGCUGGUAAAGUUAUUAGAAAAGCGUCUGCAAGAAGAAGAUUCAUCAUUCUGGCUAGAGAAAUUAACAGGUGCUGGCUUCCCUUUUGCACCUAUCAAUAAUAUUGCACAAACCUUUGACCAUCCUCAACUGAAAGCUAGGGGACUUGUGCAAGAGAUAGAACACGAACGGGCUGGGAAGAUCAAGCUUGUUGGUCCGCCCGUAAAAUAUAGUAAUGCAAAGACAGGAAUUAGAUUGCCACCUCCAUUACUUGGCGCACAUACAAAUGAAAUAUUGUCUGAAGUCCUUUGUUAUUCAAAGGAUAAAAUUCAAAAAUUACGGGAAGAAGGCUCCAUUGGUACUUGAUCAUACAAAGAAUAAACAUGAUUAUGUUACUACAGGAUCUCUUUUGGUUAAUGCAAGUUUAAAAAAAAACAUUUUCUUUCACCAUUCGUGCCUUGUCCUUAACCUCGGCUGUUACUAUAUUCAUUUGCUCUACAUAACUUAUAGAAUACAUAUCCAUUUUAUAGCGGAAAAUCCUG